UCCGGAACCCUCCAAAGCAGCGCAGUCCCGCAGUCAAAGCUCCCCGCAGGUGAUGGUUUUGGACCGAUGAUAGUAGCCGCAGAGAUCGCAGCGCAGGUCAUCAUUCAACUCAGCGGCCAGGUCCUCCAGGAGUGCGUGUGUCAGUGAGUGCGUGUGCGGUGAGCGAGAAAGCCUGUGGCUGUGGUACCGCCAGCAGAGUCUGGACCAGGAAAAAACCCGGAACCCGCUUGGACCCGGUUCUUCGCCCCAAGUGUGCCGCGAUCUGAGCUGACCCAGAGUGACCCAGAGUAGUUGGUCUUCCAGAUCUCCCACAGGGUGCUGCCACCAACACCCACAAAGGGUGCUCGGUCUGCCUGCCGGACGAUGCCGGCCUUCGUUUCCGUUGCGCUGGUCCUGCUGGCGGUGCACUUCUGUCGGGCGGAAGUCGAGUUCGAUGGUAGCGUACGCAGCAAGCGCGGCCCGACCGUUGGGCUGUUUGCGUUUCCUCGCGUCGGUCGCAGUGAUCCGGACGUGGGCUUCGAUUGGGAUGCAUCCGGCCCGGUCGACGUGUCGGGCGACGACUACGACGACUAUCCGCUGAAAGAGAUCAAGCGACAAGGGCUGGUGCCGUUCCCGCGGGUGGGUCGCGCCGGCAAGCAGGACCCACCGUCCGGCUACUGGCAAGUGGCUCGAUCACUGCAGCAGCAGCACCACCACCACCAGCAGUUGUUGCAGCCGCCCCCGCAGCCGAUGCUGAAGCGCGCCGGUGGUUCCGGGGCCAACAGUGGCAUGUGGUUCGGGCCGCGGCUCGGCAAACGUGCCGAUCCGACCCAACAGCUGAAGGGAGACCAGAUAUAAACGGCCACCGCCGCCGCCGCCGCCGAUGGUGCGACUGUGUUUCCCCGGCUGUUUGUGUGUGUUGUUCCCUCCCUUCGUUUCCUCGCGUGUCCGCGGAAGAUUGCAGUCGUCUAGACAGAGAUUGAGAGAGAGAGAGCUCAACCCGAAUCGGCGUGGGUUACUACCCGAAAGGAACGGAUCACCGUUAGCGUGUGCCAUCGAGGAAUGUGCUAGGCUGGAGGCAGCUGCAUGUCGGCGUCGAGUGGCGGACGGACGGCUCGUCCUUUGCGGCUCGCCGGCGGCCGGCGGCUGCUUAUUCCUCGGGCCGGGCGGCGACGAUCUCGUUUCUUUUGAUGCCCUGGCCAGCCCUAACCGGGGGAAUGAUCAGUUACUACCCCCUCACCGUGCACCAGUCGGACCCGAACUACGCAAAAUCUAACCACACACACACACACACACGCGCACAUACAGCUUGGAAACCAGGAGGUAGGCCAUGUAGGAGGCGCUGCCAAUGAUAAACUAUAGACACAGAUUUUUGGCACCUCUUGUGAACGUUGUUGUAAAUAAAAUUACUCAU